AUGAAUCUAACGUGUAACAACACGUUGGAGCAUCUGAUCAUCGAGCCCGGCUCCGAAAUCGAACUUGUCGGCGGCCUCAUCUUUCACGAGCUGGCCCGCAUCAUCGGCGCAGCAUGCACACUCAUCGCCGUCCUCCUCAGCAUGUACCUCGCCUGGAUGCACGCCCUCCACUACACCAAGCCCCGUGAGCAGCGAUACAUCAUCCGUAUCCUCUUCAUGGUCCCCGUCUAUGCCAUCUCCUCCUUUCUACAGAUCCAAUGGUACCGUCACGCCAUUUACUUCCAGGUUAUUUCCGACUGCUACGAGGCCUUUGCCAUUGCCUCCUUUUUCGCUCUGCUCUGUCACUAUUGCGCCCCGGACCUGCACUCCCAAAAAGACUUCUUCCGCGAGAUGCGGCCCAUCAAGCCCUGGAUCAUGCCCGUCAACUGGUUUGCCGCCUGCUGCGGCGGCCAGCGCGGUCCCUGGCGCACCCCCAAAAGCGGCCUCACUUGGUUCAACAUCAACUGGAUCGGUGUUUAUCACUACUGCUUUGUCCGCGUCGCCAUGACCGUUUCCGCCGUCGUCUCUCAGUACUUUGAAAAGUACUGCGAAAGCUCCAACAACCCCGUCUUUGCUCACAUUUGGAUCAUUGUACUCAACGCUCUCGCCGUUACCGUUGCGAUGUUUUGCCUGAUUCAAGUCUACGUCCAGCUGAAAGAGGCUCUCAAGGAGCAGAAACUCCUCAUCAAAAUUGUUGCCAUCAAACUCGUCGUCUUCCUAUCUUUCUGGCAAGCUUCUGCCAUUUCCGUAGGCACCUCGACUCUGCACAUUGUUCACACCAACAAGGUCCUUGCCUAUCCCGACAUCAAGGUUGGUAUUCCCGCUCUCUUGCUCUGUAUCGAAAUGGCCAUCUUUGCAUUGCUUCAUCUGUGGGCUUUCCCGUACAAGCCCUACACCCACGAAGGCGCCACCCCGCGCUUCUACCCGAGUCCCGAUUUGCAAAAAGGCGGCAACAGGGGCGUUGCCAACGAGCUCGAGCGCCCCCAAGGCGGCUUCCUGGGUUUCGCCGCCAUUUGGGACGCCCUGAACAUUUGGGACUUUAUCAAGGCCUUCGGCCGCGGUGUCCGCUGGCUCUUUUGCGGCGUUCGCCGCCGCAAGGAAGACAUAAGCUACCGCCGCCAAGACGCCCACGACAUGGACAACCUCGACGAGCACAAGCGCGGUGCUCCCUCCACCUACCACGCGUACCGGCCCGGCACCGCCACCAUGCAAGAGGAGGGGCAGCAAAAGCCCUUUGUCGGCGCGAGCCCCCACACUAUUAACCAGAACCCCUACGGUAAGCCGCCCGCACGCCCGGCUCGCGAAGACGAGGUUGCAGUGGCCGUCGGGAGCGGCGAGGAGAGCGCCGGCCUCAUGCAGCACGCCCAGACCAAUCCGCACUCGCGUCCCAUGGGGGGUACCGACUCUCGAAAUAGCUCCCCACCGCGUACCCAAGUUCACGAGCCCUACCUGCAGGCAUACGAAGGCAGCCACCGCUACAAUGACAGCGCGACACCGCAGCAACAUCCCCACGCGCAGCGGCCCAGCGGACAGCCGACACCCUGGCAGCAGGACCCUUUUGCCUCGCAGCAGCAACAGCAACAGUAUUAUCACCAAGGCGAGCAGCAUGGAGUCAUUGGCCAGGCCAUCUGGGAGCCCCCUUAUCCCCGCUAG